AGCGGUGAAGCGUCGCAGGCGUAGGAAUCUGGGAUGUGAUUUUACUCAAACUCGGGAAUUAUCUGGAUUUUUUUGUGAUUUUCUUUCCGUAAUCGGGUUUAAUCUCCGCACAGCGCCGAACUGACACACGUGACGACGCGCGCGCGUGCGUUUUCUUUAUUCGCGCUCGUUUAGAGACGGCAUCCUCGGCGCGCAGGUUUGGUUGGGGAAAAAAAAGAACUGGCUAAAAACUACCGAAUUUCGGGAAAACAUGGAGACAAGAAGGGAAGGACCCGACUAAAACCAAAGUUUCCAAACAAAGCUGUUCCGAGAACGGAGGGAGUCCGCUCGCGAGCGGAAAACACGCGCCGCGCGCCCGUCAACUUUGGAUCGUAGUUUGUUGCCGCUUUGAAACGAAGCGGUUUUGAGCAGGAUUCCUGAACGGGGGACUAUAUACCGCUGCCCCUCGAGCAGGCAUCAAACGAUCUGUGAAGUUUUCUCCCGACUUUGCAGUGGAAAAUAUGGGGGUUGUAGAAGUUGAACUAGACGGGGAAGGAGUUACGACGAGAGGGUGAACCGUGCGGGUGCCUUAAUCCAUCCGUCGAGCGCGUUUCCCGAGGUUUUCACGCGUCCGGAGCGGCCGGGGAGACAUUCUUCUGGAGAAAAGGUCCAUUCAGCGCGUAAGGGGCCUAAAAGGAUGUAUAUUUAGUUCGCAGACUUACUUUGCACUAGCGGUUCGGUUGACGGUGCGGCGUGUUUGAGCUUAGGUCGAGUUUAGGAAUGCCGUGCUGGAAGCAUUUCGGCGGAGGAAGUGAUAGAAAACCGUCGAGGUUUACAAAGUAGCGCCUGGGACCGUGCAAUGAACGAAGGGCUUUUGGACUGACGCGAAAUGCAGCCGGACAGCCUUCUUCGCUCGUAAGGCGACACAUUAACAAAAGACUUUACUUCCAGCCGACAAAGGCGACCGUAUCCAGGCGGAGGCGAGAGGGGGGAAGCCCGUCGGUCGGUGUGCUGGCAUUUGGGCUGGGAAAACGAUGAAGCGUCUCGGACCGCAGAAAGAGUUUUCCUCCAUUGAUCAUCUGCGUGUUUGCGUUUAGCAUCGAUUUCCUUCGCUAACUCGCGUCGCGUCGCGCUACAGUCAAAUGACACGGACUGCCGAAACCGACGCGGACGAGCACAAGUGGAAAUAUAAAACAUAAGCUUGUUUGUUUCUAGAGGAGACUUGACCGUUCACACCGAGGAAGCGCCCGCCGGACCUUGUCGUUUCGCGUCUUGUUAUUUCUCGUUUCAAAUACAGAGGUGUUUUACCGUGGUAAAAUGCUAAUUGGAUAAGAGCUGAAGAAAAUCAAGAAAAGGAAAGCCCAAUGAGCGGCACACAGUCCACGCUUGCUGAGAGGUUUCCCAAAAAAGCGAGCAGGACAGGAAGUAUUCUCAGCAAGGACCAUCCCCCAGACAAAAAGCCCAAAAGCGACAAGGCGUCAGUCCCCCCCUCGCACGAGUUUGACCCCACAGAGCUUCCUGUUCAGAGUGUAGUAUCCGAUGGAAGGCCAGAGUCCUGCGGGCUUGUGCAGCGUUGCGUUAUCAUCCAGAAAGAUGAGAAUGGCUUUGGGCUGACAGUGAGCGGCGAUAACCCUGUGUUUGUACAGCUUGUAAAAGAGGAUGGGGCUGCCAUGCGAGCUGGUGUUCAGACGGGUGACCGGAUCAUAAAGGUCAAUGGGACAUUAGUUACACAUUCAAAUCAUGUAGAAGUUGUAAAGCUAAUAAAAUCGGGCUCAUACGUGGCCCUGACAGUUCUGGGGAGACCGCCGGGCCUGCCUCAGAUACCCCUCUCAGAUGGCGAGGGCGAGGAGGGGCCCCUCUUCCCUCUCACCUCCCCUCACUCCCCGGGGCCCAUCGGUCCAGACCGCUCGUCUUCCUCCCCCAGCCCCUCGGAGCGCAAACAGACCUCUCUGUCUGUAUGGGCCAUGACGGAGGAGUACAGCAGGAACCCUACACCUAAACUACUGAAGGAAAUCCAGGACGCCAAGAAGCACAUUCCACAGCACCAGGAGCAGCUCAGCAAGCCCUCUGGGACUGGACCGGAUGGCUCCUUAUCUCCAAGGCAAGGAGAAGGAGAGCAGGAGGAUGGAGGGGGAGAUUCGGACCGACCCCCUUCAUGGCAGGGCGAUGCUGGAAUGGAUCCACCGUGGACCAACAAUACCACAGCCCCCAUCACCCCCAGUCCUGUCCCAGAGAGAACAUGCCAAAGAGAGACCCCCUGCCACAGCCCAAAGACCACACCCCGAGACAGCCUCAACUCCUGUCCUUCACCGGACGCCGAAGACACACCUGACCUUGAUUCUCAGUCAAGCGUGGGGAGCCCCUCCUAUCGUCCGGUAGCACACAUCAUCGGUGCUGAGGAUGAAGACUUUGACAGAGAACAGGAACAGAUGAAUGGCCAGUGUAGCUGUUUUCAGAGCAUAGAUCUCCUGAAAUCUCGGCCUGCUCACCUGGCAGCUUUCAUCCAUCAUGUGGUCUCUCAGUUUGACCCUGCGCCGCUGCUGUGCUACCUCUAUGCUGAACUUUACAAACAGACCAGCUCCAAAGACACACGACGAAUCCUCAUGGAUACCUUCUUCGUAGAUAAAACAGCUAGCUUGAAAGUAACAGUGCCCGAAUCCAUUAUUGCUGACCUGGAACGGACUGCGCACUCAAUUAAUGCAGAACGUAAGAGGCCGGAGCCCAUCUCAGAGGACAUCCACCGACAAUAUGUGCAGCAGCUGCAGGACACACUAUUACCUGACAUCCAGAAGAACCUAGAGGACUUCAGGCACAAGCGCAGUAUGGGUCUGACCCUGGCUGAAGCAGAGCUAGCCCGCCUGGAUACAGAGAGAAUGAGAGAACGUGUCGCCCUGGAGAAAGAGCGAUCCUUUGCAGAGCACAUCAUCUCGAAGAUAGAGGAUGUACUAUUGACGUCACAGGCCACAGAGGAAGAUAAGUGUAGCACCAUGCAGUUUGUGAUACUGUCGUAUAUGAAGCAGCUCGGCGUAAAAGUGAAGGAGUCUGGAAGGCUGGAGCACAAGCCCAAGCUGAUGAAUCUUUUCCCUAAGAUAAAGAAAGGUAUAAAGCUUGAGAAAGAUGGAAGCGAGGAGAAAUCAAAGAAAACACGGUUUUCUAGUGUCUUUCCUCAGAGACGGCCGAGCAAGAUUGAAACUCCAGCAAUCGGUAGGGCUCAGGGGCCAAGGCAGCAUCCCACAAAGCCUCAGCUGCCGUUGGGCACAGGAGAGCAGGCAGACGGGUCGUCUCCUCCCGUACGGAGCAGUCUGUCGAGCGAAGGCUCAGACGGCACUAACACGAUCACGUCACCCCCUUACAGCGCUCCAGCAGCACAGGGCACAGACGUCAUCAGCCGAGAGUCUGACACCGGUGGACUUCCUUCUUCUGUGCCACCCAGACCGGGAGACGGUGUCGUCCCGGGGGAGCCGCAGGACUCGUCCUCUUCAAACACUCACGUUGACUGUACACUGGAGCAUCUACCGGAGGAGGAAGCGGAGACAGACAAGACGCAGGACACCGGCACCCCCAGGCCUGAUGGUUGCAGGAUAGAGCUGCUGGGCUCUGUAGAGAUGCAGAGUGAAGAUGAUCAGUGUGCCGAGGUCGAGCUGGAGCCUCCUAACUGGCAGACGCUGGUGAGAAGAGACGUCCUGUCCACACUUACCUCUCAGGAAAUCAAGAGACAGGAAGUCAUCAACGAGCUGUUCUACACAGAGAGAGCGCACUUUCGAAUGAUGAAGGUUCUGGAGAAUUUGUUUUACCAGCCGCUGAUCCGAGAGGCCAUCCUCCCUUCUGCAGACAUCAAAAACAUCUUCAGCAACCUUGAGGAGAUCGUUCAGCUGCACAUGUCUUUGAUGGAACAAAUGACUGUGGUUCGGAAGAAAAAUGAGAUGCCGAUCAUUGACUCAAUAGGAGAUGAUCUGCUUUCCUGGUUCAGUGGAGAAGAGGAGGCGAAGAUCAAGAGAGCUGCUGGCAUGUACUGCAGUAAUCAGCCUUUCGCUCUGGAACUUAUCAAGAGCAAACAGAAGAAGGACCAGCGCUUCAACUCCUUCAUACAGGAGGCAGAGAGCAACCGACAUUGUCGCAGGCUGCAGUUAAAGGACAUUAUUCCUGUGGAGACGCAAAGACUCACAAAGUAUCCCCUCCUGCUGGAGAACAUCGCCAAAUACACAGAGGAUCCUGAGGAGAGAAGUAAAGUAAAGCAGGCUGGUGAAUGCUGUAGAAAGAUUCUCACUCACGUCAACCAGGAGGUGAAGGAAGCUGAGAACAAACAGAGGUUGGAGGACUACCAGAGACGAUUGGACCUGUCCUCGCUGAAGCAGAGCGAGAACCCCAUGAUCGCAGAGUUCAAGACCCUGGACUUGACUAAGAGGAAGAUGGUGCAUGAGGGACCGCUGUCCUGGAAAGUCAACAAAGAUAAAACUAUUGAGCUAUACACAUUGCUGCUGGAGGAUAUAUUGGUGCUACUUCAAAGGCAAGAUGAGAAGCUGAUCCUAAAAUGCCACAGUAAGAAUCUGGCAGGCACCGCUGAGACCAAACACAUCUUCAGCCCCAUCAUCAAACUCAGCACUGUGAUGGUGCGCUCGGUCGCCACCGACAACAGGUCAUUCUUUGUGAUCUCUAUGUCUGAUAAUGGAGCCCAGAUCUAUGAACUAAUGGCUCAAACCGUAUCUGAGCAAAAGACGUGGCAGUGUCUGAUCACAGAAAGAGCUGAUUGCAUGAAGACCAAAUUACACAACAUCAUUCCAUUACCUCAGACUGACGGGGAACGUGAAGCGGUCGAGUUGAUCAACUCUGGUGUUCAGAAGCUAAACAAAGACUCUGAGCCCAUUUCUUUAGUGAGCAUUCAGUCUGCAGAAAAAGAUGGCACUGAGGUCACGCCGACCCCACCGUCUAGCACCAAUCCAUUUGAGACCAAAUCUGAUGGGGAGGAUGAAGAGGAAGAAAACUCACUGCAGGAUCAGGCUGAAGAUGAUGAAGCGUUCGUGGUGGCCGAUAUGACGGAUCGACUGACAUUCCUGAAGCAGCGCUCGAGGCUGGGCAUCGCCAUAGACGAGGACGAGGCCGAGGCCUUCGAGCUCCAGCCACUCAGAGCUGAUGAAGCUCUCAGAACACUGGCAACACUAAGGCAGCUCCUGAUCAACCACAUGUCCAGUCAAGAGGACGCAGACAAAGAGCAACAGGAAGACGUGGCGAGGACGGGCUCUCAGCAGGGUCCGGAGGACAGCACUACGAUCGGGUCUGCUGUUGAAAACGGUUCAGAGAGGGCUGAGAACAGAGGGGAGAACGCACAGGAACUGCCCUCUGGAGACACAGGUUUCUUUGAGACGUCUGAGGAUUGUGUCUCUGCAGGAAGUUACAUGGUGCUGGAGGUGUAUGGAGGCUCAGGCGAGAGCAGCACAGAUGAUGAUGUGCAGGGCAGCAGCGGGGAGCCGGUGGCCGGGGGAGACUCAGGCAUUGACUUGAAGAAGCUCCUCUCUUCCUCCUCUCAGAGCAGUGGAGGACCGAACCUCAACAGACAGAUCAUGACACACAUACGUCUACUACAGGCCAACCUGCAGCAUCUGAAGGAUACAGAAAUCAAGUAUAACCAGCUACGCCAAAGGCUAUCAGAGGAACCAGCUACUGACACAGAGGAAAACAAAGAGAAAAGUUAGUGAAGCAGAGCUGUCUUUCUGUUUAUUGAGACGGGAGGAGACACCGAGACACUGGGCUGCUCCUCCUCAAACAUCGCUCAUGCAUGGACGGAGACCGACAGAAUGGACUGGAGAUCUGGAGUUUCUGUUCACACCACACUACAGGACGACCCCAAUCACUCGCUCCAAAUCUCUGUCCGUCUGCACACCAGAGUGGUCAUGAUACUUUCACAAAGAUUGCCAUGUAAGGACAAUUCAUCACUCCACCAUCUGCAUUCAGAGGACGGAAGACUCAUCAUUCCUUCGGCAUUAGAGUCUAUAUUAGCCAAUGAAAGCACAGCAUGAGUGGUCACAUGAUCUUCACCAAGGUAGCUCCACAGAUCUUUGACCUCGCUGGCAUGAGCAGGUAUUUACAUAAACCGAAUGCCUGACUUCUGUUUUGAUACGGCGUGCGGUUUAUGUGAUUUUUGCGAUGUAGAAACCAUGUUUGACAUCAGCGGUGAGUGGCGUGAAAACUUCUGUUCUGAUUGAAGUCCAGUACAGCUAGAGCGCGUUAUUAGAUGAGCGGUCUCGAACAGGAAUGGGCAACGAAGGCAAAUGCUAGCAAGGUAAUGAGGAUGGGCUGAUUGUGGUGGUGUCUCUCCUCAUUCCUCCUCUCUUAAUAAACCACAUGCUAUUUAAUGAAGCUACUGAAAGUGUUUUCUCUGGCUUACGGCCACGGGAAAACCAGACCUUUCGCGAUGUCGUCGGGUCGAGCGGAUACAACGCGUGUCCAACAGCUCGGGCCUGAUCUGUCUUUCGGAAUUUCUUGGUUUUGAGAAUGAAGUUAAAUAGAAAGAAGCUUCAACGCAGGAACUUGAUAAAGACCAUAAACGGUCUAUUUUAAAUGUAAUGUAUUGUACAAUUAUGACCAACACUGCAUCUCUUACAGAGACCCUUUUUUUUUUUUUUUCUUCUUUAAAGCGUUCAGUCAUGUAUUAUUUUAACAGAAACUACUAAAAAAAAAAAAAAAGCAAAAUAAAAGACUGCAAGGUAUCCUUUAAUAUUAAUGUAAUCUGUAUUUUUAUUAUUCUGUCUAGACGUUUGAGGUAUUUUAUUAUAUUAUUGAACAUUAAUAUGGUCUUGGCUUUCCGUUGAGAACAUGAAAUAGCUCUAAUAGAUGAGAUUCUAUUAAAUUUGACUGAUGUAUUGUUCAAAAUGGAAAGAAGAUAUUGCACAUUGUGUCUUCAUUUUAUCACAUUUACCUUUUGAGGAGAGUGGGAAGAAUAUUUUGUUUUGGAUUUAUGACCAAAAAAGAAAAUUACACAUCUGUAGCAAAAAUGUAUUCAAUAAACUGGAAACACGAAUGACA